AGUGUGAGGGGGGAGUGGGGGGGCUACAGCUGCUCAGUGACACACACUCUGACGACCAGGACCCUGAAACCUGGAGCUUCGCUGAGUUUCACACAUGUAGGGUUCGACUGGAGUCACUUCCUCGGCGCUGGAGCUCAGUGGAUCUCUGAGAGGUCGGUUCUGCGGUCGCUGCAGACUGGACUGAGAGAACAAACACGUAGAUCACAGCUCUUCUUCAUGGUGACAGGAGUCUCAGGUCCCCGCCUCCUGGUCUCCAUUACUCUGAUGUGUGAGACUGAGAUCAGAGUGAACGAGCCUCCAACAGAACCACCAGCAAGGUGGAGAGAUGUCGAGGCCUCCUUCCUCUCAGACGACCCCCCAGCUCUACAGGGUCAGUGACAGAGACCUGACCGAGAUCGAGCUUCACUCUGUGGACUCCAUCAACGACCUGCAUCGAACACACCACGAACACAAAGGGAUGCGGCCUCCUCGUCCUGCUUACACACCGUCUCCCAAUGGAAACCUAUUCACUCGUGACAUCACAGCUGUCAAUCAAAGAGGUCCUCCUGUCAGCAGCCAAUGGCAGAGCCAUCUGCAGGACAUGUUGACGCCCAGUUCAUCUCGAGCGUACGCGCUGGGCUGUGCUAUCAUCACUCUGCUCCUGCUAACUGUGUUCCUCAUCUUCUACUUCCUGGUCCAGCAGGGCGGCGCCAUCCGGAUGCUGACGGAGGCAGUGAGGGAGAAAGAGGCUGCAGCCACAGAGCUGUCUCUGCUGAUCCAAGAGCUGCAAGCACUGAGACACAACCUGACAGCGACGAGAGGACGGACAUGAGGGACACCUGCACAGGAGACCAAACACACCUGAUGUUCACUUUUAAUAUUAGUGCAGCAGACAACUGUAAUAAUCUCUCAGCACCCGGAUCAGUCUGUUAAUUCCUCCGGAGACAUUCAUCUGAAAAAUCCCAUUAGACACUUCAAAUUUAAAAAUAUUCAAAAUGGCCGCCAUUUCUGGCACAAGAAACACAUUUUAAUUUAAUUUUACCUGCGAGACGGAUCUCAAAGAUCUGAGUCAUGAAAUGUUUUAGACAGUGAGGACGUUAAACUCACCACUCUUCUUCAUGUUUGAACUGUUGUUCAUUAAUGCUGCAUUCGGUUUAACGUCCAUGUUCUGUUGGUUGUGUGAGGAAGUCGUUCAGCUCUAAUUAACAAAGAGACCAGACUCCUGUAGUGAUUAAUGUCGUCUGUUAAUUAGCCUCAUUAGCCUCAGUGUUUCCUGUAGCUGUGGUGUGGGUAAAAACAGAUCUCUGCUUCCCAGCAUUUUCCUCUAUGUAAACUUACUGUAAUAUUUUUGUAUUAUGGAUUUAUAUGUGAACUUCACCUUUAUUAAAAUAAACAAAAAUAAACAGAUAAAUUCACAAAUGUA